AGGAGCAGUUUACUUUUUUUUCCUUUUCGGAUUAAGGGGGCAGUUUACGUUUUCCCAUUUUUAAGAAGCUAUUCUCAAGUUCCGCCUGAAGCGCCUCCCCCUUCUGGCCAGGCCCGGCCGGCUCUCCUCUACGAGUCCUGCCAGACAUCUCAAGGUGAAAUGGAAAGCCUUGACGUGACUCCUGGGGACAAAGGCAGCGUGGAAAACUGGAAACGAGAAAAUCAAAGGGAGACAUCCCAUAAUGAGAACCCUCUCCAUUCUGAUCCAUUGACGGCACAUUGGAAACCAUGGAAACCAUACCAACGACCCCGCGAAUUAGUCAGAGGGUGCAUGCUGAACAUCCGGGGUGUUCUGGGAACGCUGGGUGGGGUGGAGUGGUACGGUUACGCCGCUCUCGGCGUCCUCGCCGCCGUCCUCAGCUUCCUGAUGGACCUGAGCGUGGCAAAGCUGCUGGCGGCUCACCGGUGGCUUUACGAUAAACUGGAAGGCAACCGUCUUCUGCAGUUCCUGUGCUGGACUCUUUACCCGGUCUCCCUCUGUUCCCUCUCUACGUCCUUCUCUCAUAACGUCUGUCCAUUCUCCGCAGGUUCUGGGCUUCCAGAGAUUAGGACAAUGCUGGCUGGUGUGGACAUGCCUCAUUACCUGUCCCUUACAAACAUGUUCGCCAAGUUCCUGGGUCUCACCUGCACGCUGGCAGCCGGCAGCACCGUUUUCCUCGGCAAAGUGGGUCCUUUCGUGCACCUCUCCACUAUGGUAGGAGCCUACUUGAGCCAGCUCUGUACUCUGGUAAACGGCACUAAGAAGGAGAAAACUGAUGGAGAAAUGAUGGUGGUGGCUGUUGCUGUUGGGGUUGCUAGCUGUUUCGGAGCUCCAGUCAGUGGUGUCUUGUUCAGCGUGGAGGUCAUGUCCACCAGCUUUGCCCUGAGGGACUACUGCCCCUGCUUCUUCUCGGCAGCCUGCGGCGCUCUGGCCUUCCGACUGCUCUCCGUGUGGAGUGGGGAGAGAGAGACUCUUCAGGCAUUGUUCAAAACUAGUUUCUCUAAUGUCCUGCCCUUCUACCCGCUGGAGAUCCUGCUAUUUGCCUUACUCGGCCUGCUGUGUGGGGUGGUGAGCUGCAUGUACCUCAUCUGCCAUCGUUGCAUCCUGCGUGUCUGCAGAACCAGGCGGCGGCUGGCCCACAUGUUGACAACAGAGAAGGCUCUCUACUCUGCCGGGGUGGUCUUCCUCCUUGCCUCUCUGACAUUUCCUCAUUCUGCUGGUCAAUACAUGGCUUCUAAGUACACCAUGAAGCAGCUCCUCACCUCCUUAUUGGACAACACACAAUGGGGAUUUCAGUCCCACAAUGCCUCUUGGACCGAGUGGAGUUCAUCAGGGAGUCCUGUCUCUUGCUCUCUCGCUGUCUUCCUGCUCAUGAAGCUGUGGAUGCUGGUCCUAGCAUGCACCCUGCCCCUGCCAGCAGGCUACUUCAUGCCAGUGUUUGUCUAUGGUGCGGCUAUGGGGCGUUUAGUAGGGGAAGGACUUGCCCAUGUGUCCUCCACCAGAGACAGUACAGGACACAGGUGGGCUUCUGUGUAUCCUGGGGGCUAUGCACUGGCUGGUGCGGCAGCAUUUUCUGGGGCAGUCACACACACCUUGUCACCAGCCCUCCUGGCUAUGGAGCUAACAGGACAGUUUACCCAUGCUGCCCCAGUCCUUCUUGCCACCCUGGUGGCCAAUGCUCUGGCACGCUCAGGACAGCGUCCGUCUUUCUACGAUACCCUCUCCAUCAGCAAGAGGCUCCCACACCUUCCAUCUCUGGUUAAAGCCUGCCCUGGGCUCUCCUCUGCACUGAUAGGGCCGGUUUUGACUCCUGUUGGUGUGGUGCUGGAAAAAGGUGCUGGGCUGCACAAAGUUCAGCAUGCACUAAACACCAGCAAUGAAACAGAAAUCCCGGUGGUGGACUCCCUCGAUUCACAGAUUUUGCUGGGAACCGUUCAGCGAUCAGACCUGCUAAUGUUACUGCUUGACAAUAAGAAUAAGGUAUCGGAGACACCCUUGGAGGACAUUUUCUCUUUUCAUCCAACCGCUAUCAAGCUAUCAACAAGCAACACUAUUCAGGAGGCCCAUAGUGUGCUGAGCAUGCUAGUCACAAAGAUCUUGUUUGUGACUGAGAGAGGAAAGCUGGUUGGUGUCAUCACGUGGCCCGAGAUGCAAAGAAUAUUGGAGGACUUAGCCAAAGAAAUCUGAAGUGUUGACGCUCACCAGUCUCCCCCCCCCUUUUUCUCAUCAACUGUACUUGGCCAAUUACCCCACUCUUCCGAGCCGUCCUAGUUGCUGAACCACCCCCUCUGCCGAGCCGGGGAGGGCUGCAGACUACCACAUGCCUCCUCCAAUAUACGUGGAGUCACCAGCUGCUUCUUUUCACCUGACAGUGAGGAGUUUCACUAGGGGGACGUAGUGCGUGGGAGGUUCACGCUAUUCCCCCCAGUCCCCCCGAACAGGAGCCCCAUCCAACAGACCUGAGGAAGCGCUAGUGCAGCGACCAGGACACAUAUCCACAUUCGGCUUCCCACCCACAGACACAACCAAUUGUGUCUGUAGGGACGCCCGACCAAGCUGGAGGUAACACGGGGAUUCGAACCAGCGAUCCCUGCGUAGGUAGGCAAUGGAAUAGACCGCUGCGCUGUCUGAUAAGUGUGUGACACAAAGAUGAGAAUACUAAUAACAAUAAUGAUGAUAUCCCCCCCCAUUCUCUCACUAUUAGCAAGUCUGCUCACAACCAACACUUAUUGAUCAGCCCCCAGCUCAUUCUGAUAAACAUUAAGUAUAAAAGCUACUUCCUCCUCAUUGUGACUGAACCUCCUCUCCCCUGGGGGAGAUGGUGGGGGACAUUAUCUUAUUUGCAGAUCCGGAGAUUAUCUCACAUGACACGGCAAUAUUAAACAAAUUAGUGUGUGCCACUGAUAGCAUCUCUGGAUUCAUUAUUUGGUCAGAUGAAAAGGCCCGUGAAACCGCCGUCAAGUCCUGUGACAGUGUCACCACGCUGGAGCCGCUUUUCCUCCUUCAGCUCUGCCGGCUCUCCAACACCGAACAGCCUGUGUGCAGAUGCAUAUUCACACCCUAACCACAAUCGAUUCUGUUUAUGCAUUUCUUUGAGACAUCAACAUUUUUUUUGCAGCAAAUAAACA